ACGCCGGGUCCAUUGGUUUGUUAUAUCUUGUUUUUAUUUAAUUUUGUUUCAGUGGGUGGGUAGUGACUGAUGUUACCAAGCAAGCACCAGGCAAUUCCCAUGACUUGGACUUGAAAUUCAUUGGGUUCUACCCAUCAAUGGCUUAAGAUCUUAGGGAGAGAUUGGACGAUUAGGAUGGAUUUCAUUUUUCAACCAUUUGGGUGACUUCCAUUCAUUUCUAUCACUCAUGUCUUAAACAUAAGAUGAUAAGGUUUGCCCGAUGAAAAGACUAAUAAUUGAAAAUUAAAAUAAAAUUAUUAUAAAUUAUAUACGAAUAUUAAGAAGAAAAAAAAGAAAAAUCUUAAGACAAAAUUUUAUAAUAUCUUUAACAAAAUUGGAUCUCAAAGUAACAAAUUCACAAGAAAAUUUUCUUUCUUGACUAAAAAAUAAAUAUAUCAUCCAAGAAAAAAAAAUUAUUAUUAUUUCUAACUUAGUUUUGGCAUGGUGCUACAAGCAAAGCAAAGGAAAAGAAAAAUGGAGUCAGGUCGUGAUUUCUAAGAAAAGAAGACGUGUGAAUGGUGGCAUCUCACCGUCUGACAACGGUGACCGUGAGGUGAUCGGACGGCUGAGGACAACGAAAAGACCUGCGUAAAAAUCGUGGGAGUUGGACUAAUCGGGAGCCGGAACCGUUCCAGGGGUUUGGACUUGUAGACUUUCUUGGAAGAUUAGUGGGUAUUUUUUGAGUUUAUUUCUCUAUGCUUUUCCUUUUCAAGACAGAGGAGUGAAGGCGACCUACUUUAUUUAUGAAAAAUAAAUAUUUGUUUUCUCCAAAAUCUUUAAAUUUAUAAUCAAAUAAGCCAGCCUGUGCAAACCAAUAAGACGAAUGUAAAAGAUUUUUGGAAUGAAAUUGCGACAUCAUAGCUUGACUUGGAAAAUGAAGUCAAGAGGGCAGUUUUGGGAAUCAAACAAACCGGCUGGAGAAAAUAAAGAAAACUACAUGGCAUGGGGCCACCACCCCAAUAUUUUCCACACGGACUUGCGCGUUGCAAAUACAACCAGUCUACCACCCAACAGUUUUUAAGCUCCAUGCGCCUACCUCCACCACCACCACUGCAAGCCGCUGCUCAAUGGCCUCCAUUUCAUUUUCCGGCGAAUCCCUCAUCUCUCUGCUAACUCUUUUCUCUCUCCUUUUUCUCACCCACGCCACCCUCCAUCUCCACCCCUCCGAUUAUGACGCCCUCCUCCUCAUCCAAAAACACUUGGGCAUCAACGGUCAACGCCGCUCCUCCCCCAACCCAUGCAACACCCCCGGAGUAUUUUGCGAGAGGAGAGUCUCUGACAACGCCACAGUGCUCAGAGUCACCCGUCUGGUUUUCAAAUCCCAACGUCUCUCAGGUUUCCUAUCUCCCCAAAUCGGACGCCUCUCCCAGCUCAAAGAGCUCUCCCUCCCGGACAACUAUCUCCUUGACCGGAUCCCAUCCCAAAUUGUUGACUGCCGGAAACUGGAAAUCCUUGACCUCCGGAACAACCGAUUCUCCGGCGAAAUUCCGCCGGAAUUGUCCUCCCUGGUGCGCCUCCGUAUCCUGGAUCUCUCUUCCAAUAAGUUUUCCGGGAACUUGAAUUUCUUGAGGUUUUUUCCCAACCUGGAGAAGCUCUCUCUGGCUGAAAACCUGUUUUCCGGGAAAGUACCGGUGUCUGUACGCUCGUUUCGCAAUCUUAGAGUCUUCAACCUUUCCGGGAACAGCUUUCUGGAAGGCCCAGUGCCGGGGAUGAGGGAGGUGGAGGUGGAGUCCCUAGCGUCUGCACUUCCGAGACGAUACGUCUUUGCUGAGAAUUUAACAAGGGGAAGUAGCAAUCAUUCAGCAGUUGCACCAAGUGGAAGUUCAGGGUAUUAUGGAGAAGCACCAGCUCCUUCUCCUUCUGCACCACCUCAUAAGCAUCGGAAAAACAAGAAGCUGAGCGCAUGGAUUCUCGGAUUCAUCGCUGGAGCAGUUGCUGGGUGCAUAUCUGGGUUGGUGUUCUCCGUGCUUUUUAAAGCACUCCUGGUGUUGGUGAGAGGUGGUGGAAAGGAGUCAGGGCCGGCAAUCUUCAGUCCGUUGAUCAAAAAGGCGGAGGACUUGGCUUUCUUGGAGAAAGACGAUGGAUUGGCAUCACUGGAGAUCAUAGGCAAAGGUGGAUGUGGAGAGGUGUACAGAGCUGAGUUACCAGGUGGGAAACUGAUUGCUAUAAAGAAGAUUGUUCAACCUCCAAAGGAUGCAGCAGAACUGGCUGAGGAAGACAGUAAGCUCUUGAACAAGAAGAUGCGCCAAAUUCGGUCGGAGAUUCAAACUGUUGGGAAUAUUAGGCAUCGAAACCUUCUUCCUUUGCUGGCACAUGUGUCCCGGCCUAACUGCCAUUACCUGGUAUAUGAGUUCAUGAAGAAUGGCAGCUUACAGGACAUGUUAACUCAAGUUUCAGAGGGGACUAGAGAACUGGACUGGCUGGCUCGUCACAGGGUCGCACUAGGGGUGGCUGCAGGGCUUGAAUACCUCCAUAUGAGCCACAGCCCCCGCAUCAUUCAUAGAGACCUCAAACCUGGAAACAUCCUUCUCGAUGAUGACAUGGAAGCACGAAUUGCAGAUUUUGGACUCGCAAAAGCAGUCCCAGAUGCUAACACCCAUGUCACAACUUCUAAUGUGGCCGGAACUGUGGGAUACAUUGCGCCCGAGUAUCACCAGACACUCAAGUUUACAGACAAGUGCGACAUAUACAGCUUUGGGGUUUUGCUUGGGGUUCUGGUGGUAGGAAAGCUUCCAUCUGAUGACUUUUUCCAGCACACAGCUGAGAUGAGCUUGGUGAAGUGGAUGGCUAAUAUAAGGACUUCAGACGAUCCCAGCAGAGCCAUUGAUAGAAAGCUGAUGGGAAAUGGAUUUGAAGAGCAGAUGCUGCUGGUUCUAAAGAUAGCUUGCUUCUGCACUGUUGAUGAUGCAAAGAUAAGGCCUAACAGUAAGGACGUUAGGACCAUGUUGUCUCAGAUCAAACAUUAGGGAUGCAAGGGAACGUUGCUAUAUAUAACUAUCUAUAUGUGCCACUUGUAUGUAAGAAUAAUGAUGCGUGUCAUCGAAAGUGUCUGUUUAAGUAGAACAAAUUUGCAUCUAAGAUGUAAAUUUAGCAUCAAACUAGUACUAGUUUUGUCAUGUAUGUCAUCUAUUGAAUGUUGUUCUCACUCAAUGUAGCAUAACAAGAGUGUGUUCCAUGAAAACAUCUUUCAAAUAUGGAAUAAAGGACAUCCACAAAUUAGGUAA